AAGAAUUAAGCAGAGCAUUAAGCCUUUGCUGCCUUGAUAGUCCAUCCAAGCAGCACUUCUCUGGCGAAGAGUUUGACCAUUAUAAUAAUCAUUGCUUCUCUCCCACAGCAGAUAUGUCCUGUGCCCAGCCUGAGGUUGCUGCUUGACAGGGUUUUGAUGUCUCCAGCAGUAGUGGGAGGACAGCUUGGAUCAGCCGGUCAUUGUGAGGCAAGAGCUGCCCAUUGAAAAGGUUACUUGUCUGUCCACCAUGGAAGGAAGCCUAGUGGAUUAUCACAUCAGUGUCAUCAGAAGCCCACCUGCCUGGGAGAUCGGAAUCUAUGGAACUGGAGUCCUCGUUAUUCUGGCUCUAGUUGGAGUAAAUCUAUGGAAACUCUGGAAAUCUGGGAACUAUCCUGCCCCCUCGCCUUUUCCGAACUACGACUACAGAUACCUUGAGCAGAAAUAUGGGACCUCGUACUCCGAGGUCAGGCAAAAGAGAACAGCUUCAAGUUAUAAAAAGAACACAGAGAAGGGCUUUCUCAGCCAUCAGUCCAGCCUGAAGAUAGACGAGACAUUUGAGAACAUCAACGAGCUUGGCACUCUGCAGUUGAUGACUAAAGACGUUGACACGCACCAUUACGGGCCCAUGAAAAAGUCUGUGUCUUCUGACUCGCUCAACUCCAUCUCUUCCAUUGGUAACAACUUUGGUCAGGACUUCACCGUGGGCCAGAUUGAGAUGUGCCUUGAGUACAACAUGAACUCAAACACCUUGCACGUCACCCUGGUGCAAGGCAAGGACCUGCUGGAGAAAGAGGACGGCAACUUUGAGUCUUGCUUCGUGAGGAUCAGUUUGCUGCCGGAUGAGCAAAUCGUUGGGAUUUCCCGAAUUCAGAGGAACGCGUUCUCCGUCUUCUUCGACGAGCGGUUCUCCAUCCCCCUGGACCCCUCGGCUCUCGAGGACAACAGCCUGAGGUUCUCCGUCUUCGGAAUAGACGAGGACGACCGGAACAUCAGCACCGGCUUGGCGGACCUGAAACUGUCAGACCUGGAUCUGAGCUGCAGACCCUUCAACGCCUGGCUCUACCUGCAAGACGUCAAUAAGGCAAAGGACACAGUGGGGGAGGUCCUGUUGUCACUCAGUUACCUGCCAACAGCAGAGAGGCUGACAGUGGUGGUGGUCAAAGCCAAGAACUUGAUGUGGACCAAUGGAAAGACCACAUCUGAUCCGUUCGUCAAAGUUUAUCUUCUUCAAGACACAAGGAAAAUAAGCAAGAAGAAGACAGGAGUGAAGAGAGAUGAUCCCAACCCGGUCUACAAUGAAGCCAUGAUCUUCCCAGUCCCAGCCAUUGUCCUGCAGGAGCUGUCGCUGAGAAUAACAGUGGCUGAGAGCUGUGAGGACGGCAGGACCGAGAACAUCGGACACGUCAUCAUCGGCCCGGAGAGCGGUGGCUUGGGAGUCACCCACUGGAACCAGAUGUUGGCGACGCUACGGAAACCCGUCUCCAUGUGGCACGCGCUACGCAGGAUUUAAAAGCCAGAGAAGACGCGCGGUGGGCCGCGCUCUUCGCACACGCGUGUAAAUACUUUGCAUGGUGACCACAAUUCUCACACCUUAUUAAUGCCGCGUCUUUAUCGGGGGGACGUGCGAAUCUGCGGCUCCACCUUAAACCGUUUUUUAAGUAAGUCACACAGCGACCCGAGGGCGAUAACGAAACAGGGUGGGCGAUGGAAGCACCAGCUCGCCGGUGGCAAGGGGAGCGUUUCAAUGUAACUUAUAGCAAAAGAGUCCCCACACACUAAACCAACCGGCGUAACCCCACCGUGACUCACUCGGACAUUAACCUAGGAAUAAAUCAACUUUUUUUUAAAAAAGAAAUUGCACACGAAAUAUACACACGUGACACGGCACUACAUAGAGCAGGGGUGCACAUGAGGACUGACUCCACUUCACAAGGAGGGUGUCUAAAACAGGAAGCCUUGCAAACCAGUGAGAGAAGCAUCCCACUUAACUAAUUCCGGAAAGGUUUAGCGCAGGUUGGCGAGAGCCAAGGCUUGGGGGACUUGGAGCCCUUGAUAUCAACUACGCAUGGAGCUCGUCGUGGCUAUUAAUUGGCCUGAAGCAAUUUUAUAUUCUUAUAAAA